AUGUGUCAUGCGGCUCAUGGCGAAAGACCACGCUUUCUGGUGGUCACAGCCUUCGAUUCCAGAUACGAGGUGGGUUUCCUGUGUUCGGUGGUCAAUGAGGCCUACUGCCAGCAACAUGGCCAUCGCUUCCGGAGGGUCUUGCUGAGCCCCGAGGACAUGGCGAAGCUGGCUGGAGGUCGACACUUGGCCUGGGCCAAAGUGGCUUUGCUGCGAAACUUGUUGCGUGGAAGAGGCUAUGACGGGUCGGCGAGUGGUGACUUUGAAGAAGACUUCGACUAUUUGGUAUGGAUUGAUGCUGAUGCCUUGGUUUUGGAUCACUCCGUGCGCUUGGAGGAUUUUCUGGAACUGCCCGUGCCAGCGAUGGACUUCAUCAUUGGAGAGGAUAUGGCGGACACAGACCUUUUGAAUACUGGCCUCAUGUUCUUCCGCCGCUCACAGUGGUGCCGCGAGCUGCUCCGAAGAUGGUGGGAAGAGAGCGACCCAAAGUGGCACCAGGAGGUGUGCUGGGACCAGACUGGGCUCUGCCGUUUGCUGCGCCAAGAUGGUUUCGGUCGUGAAGAGCCCUGGUAUAGCUGGGCUGGUGGGGCCCGAUACAAGAAUUGGAAGGGCCACAUCUUUACAGUUGAUUGUGGCAGCUUCAACUUCAAGUACUUAAACAACUGCGGCUUCGUCUUCCACGCGGUGGGCGAGCGCGAGCUGCUGCUCUCAGGCACUCGAAAUCUACUCUUGAAGCGCGACCGCCUCUACAUGGCUGUGCGCGACGGCUUUGUGCUCCAUGGAGGCGAUGCAAGCACCUGCCCCAGCGAAGCACUGGGGCUUCUGCCUGCGGCGGAGGUACCGGAGGCCAAGGUGAACCUGGAAAGGGCCCAACAGUUCUGGCGCUGCUUUGGGCUUUCCAAAACCAAGAAGCUGCAGCCCCCGCCAUUCGGAUGGGAGCUGCAAUGCUUAAGCCAUGCGUGGAAUGGGCGGCCGGUCCCCAACAAGGAGGGCGCGGACGCGCACCCGGGUCGCGGUACGGCGCCGUACCCUACUACGUGCCGCGCGGGGGCGAAGGGCGUGAGCCCGGGGCGCUUGGCCCAGCAUCUGGGGGAGUUGCCAGUACAGCUUGGCCAGGAAGCUGGAGGAAAGCAGAUUCGUAUGCGCUUCUGGCAGCUUUGUAGCUAUGUCUCGGGGCCUUUGCCGCCGUUCGGUCCCUUACACUUCACCAUGAGCCCCGGCCAGCCGCAUCCCUGGCGCUUGGAAGCCUGGAGUCCUUGGGCGCAGCAUGGAGAGUUGCUGGAGGAGAUCCAAGAAAUGAGGAACUGGAGUGUGGAGGCCAGCAGUCGAGAGCAGCUGUACCGACAUGUAGAAGCUCUCUGCGUUUCAGGUCGCGGCCAGCAGGUCUUCCAGGAGCUCCUGGAGGAGGUCGCUACUCAGCUGGACCUGCACCUAGCCACAGUGGCCGACAGGGAGGACAGCCAGCUGCAAGAGUUGGUUUGUGUCUGGAGGAAGAUGGGGCGGGUUUUCAAGGACCUCUGCAAGAUCUACAGCUUCCUGGACCGCUCUCGGAACCCACGACGAGAGGCCUUCGCCGACCUCUUCCGCGCGCGCCUGGCCGCCGCGCUCGACGGAGCGUCGCUCCGGGCGGCGGCCGCCGCCGGCGCGCGGCGGCUGCUGGACGCCGAACGGCGGCAGGAGGCCAUGGACCCGGAGCUCUUGAAGUCGCUGGUGGAGCUCCUCCGGAGCCUGGACUUCUACAAGGACUUUGAGGUGGCCUUUCUGGAGCAAAGUGCCCAGUUCUACCGCGAGGCAUCGGACUGCUGGCAGCGGGAGAAGUCCUUGGCGGAGUAUUUGCUCCUUGCGGACGAGCAUUUGAAGGCCGAAGAGCAGCGAUGUGACACAUAUCACCUGGAGCCUUCUACACUGCAGCCUUUGCUGGAGGUGCUGCGCCAAGAGGUUUUGGCCAAGAAGGCUGAAGACCUCCUGGAGUUGGGCUUUGCCCAACUCGUCUGCGACGUGCAGGUGAGUGAUCUUGGACGCCUCUAUAGGCACUACAAGGAGGUCGACGCCCUCGCGCACCUGCGGAAGGCCUUUGGCGAGGCCGUGCGGCAGGGUGGGCGCCGCGCCAUGCAGAGCAGCGAGGACGCCAAGCAGGUGGUCCCCGAGCUGGUUCGAUGGCUUGGCUCCACGCAGGAGGUGCUGAGCCUUGCCUUCGGAAACGAUGCAGGUUUGGCCAUCGCGCAGAAGGAGGCCUUUGAAGGAUUCCUCAAUGCGGCGCCGAACCACGCGGCCAAACUGUUGACGCGGUACCUGGAUGUCUUGCUGCGGGGUGACGAGGUCACGCCGGCCGAGCCGCUCGCCUUUGCACCACCAGCACGUGUGGAGAAGGAGAGCUUGGAGGUGCGCAUCCAGCGAGCGCUGCAGAUCUUCCGGUACUUGGCCGCUAAAGACGCGUUCGAGGCCUUCUUCAAGAAGGACUUGGCCAAGCGGCUCCUGCAACGCUCUGCCUCUGAAGGGGAGCUGGCGGCGACCACGUGGCUGCGAGAGGAGUGUGGCGGCGCCUACACCGCGGGCAUCGAAGGCAUGUUCCAAGACAUGGAGAUCUCGCGCGUCUUGGCGCAAGUCUUUCACUCGGAGGCCAAGACCCUCCUCGAGGAACGGAUCUGCCUCUCGGAGGUCUCGGUGCUCACCACUGGAAAGUGGCCCUCCGUGCCUUCAAGCCCGGCCAUCAAGCUGCCCAUGCCGAUCCAACGGCUCAUGACUUCCUUCGAAGCGUUCUACGGCCAACAGCACCGUGGUCGCAGCCUCCGCUGGUGUCCUGCGUGGGGUCGCUGCUGGCUGCGGGCGAAUGCUGCUGCGAAGAAGGAGCUGGUGGUCUCGCACUUCCAGGCCCUGGUGCUGCUUUGCUUCAACGGCUCAGAUGUCCUUAGCUACGAGAAGCUGCAGGAGCUGACGCAGAUCCCGCCCGCCGAGCUCCAGCUGACGCUGCAGAGCUUGUCUCUGCACCGGACGGUGAAGCUACUGCUGAAGGAGAACCCCAAGGAGAGAGACGUGUUGCCUGGCGAGACCUUCUCCUACCAUGCCAACUUCACCCACAAGCUCUACCGGAUCACUGUUUCACAAAUCUCGCCCAAGGAGCAGCUGCAAGAGGAAGACGCUGUGGAACAGCGUGUGGUAGGGAGCCGGCAGCACGAGUUGGAUGCAGUGGUCAUCCGUGUGAUGAAGUCGAAGAAGAGGAUGACGCACCAGGAGCUGCUGGCAGAGGUGCUCUCCUCGGUGCGCUUCCCCGUGGAGGCCGCGGAGCUGCAGCGGCGCAUCGAGUCGCUCAUAGAGCGUGAGUAUCUCGAGCGGCAGCCGCCCAAUGACCAGGGCAUCAUCUCCUACAUCUACUUGGUCAUCGAUGUGGAGCCUAAGAGCUCCUACACUCGACCGAUGCGGUGCAUGGAGCCAGGUCAGCUGGCCUUGCUGUGGGGCAAGAAGGAGUUUUGGCUCUUCCCACCCAGCGCUGGUCCAGGGCCUCUCGGGGAACGCUGCGACCUCCACGACUCUCAGGAGGUGAGCCGUUUGGCUGAGCUGGGGCCGUGGCAGACGGUGCUCGAAGAAGGCGAUGUGCUGCUGGUGCCGGAGGGAUGGUGGGUCGCCUCAAGGACCUUCGCGGCCACGGUGACCCUCAGGCACCGCAUUGUCUCCGGUCGCCAACUGCAGCAGGCGAAGCAGAUGUGCCGCUCGAGGGGCCCAGGUGCCUAUUGUGCAGUCUCGCGCCAGAAGACGAGGUGGCCUGGGGCGCGAGGAGCGUGCCGAAUGGAUGGCCUGACUGCGGUAGACUGA